AUGGUAGCUGACAAUAGUUUUAAGGCUGAUUAUAGGGCAGAUGAUGCACAUACAGUGGUUUCAAACGAGACUCGUAUUGAAGUUAAUACAAGCAACGAAUCAGUGAAUCAAAAUGUUGUGAUGAAUAAUGGUAUAUUUGAAAGAAAAGAAGAUAUAAAUGAAAAAUAUAAUACAAUAGAAACCUCUAAUUCCUCUGGUUUCUCAUCAAAAGAUGAAAAAUAUCUAGCCUCUGAGAAUAUCGACGAGAUCCCAUCAGAUGGUGAAAAAACAAGUACCUCCAGAAUUAUUCGUGAAACAGAAAUCAUGAAAUCAGUAUACGAUAAAUGGUAUUAUCAUGUUAUCCUAUUGUUCUCUGCUUUUGUCUGCGGGUAUGGUUACGGGCUAGAUGGUAAUAUCCGUUAUAUUUAUACAGGUUAUGCAACUUCUUCUUAUGCUGAACAUUCUUUGUUAUCCACAAUUAAUGUCAUUAACGCUGUUGCUUCUGCAGCUUCACAAAUUGUUUACGCUAGAGCAUCUGAUGUGUUUGGUAGAUUAUCUCUUUUUAUUGUUUCUGUUGUUUUCUACGCAGUUGGUACUAUCAUUCAAUGCCAAGCUUAUGAUGUCCAGAGAUAUUGUGCAGGUUCUUUCUUUUAUAAUAUUGGUUACGUGGGUGUUAUUCUUGUUUUAUUGUUAAUUUUAUCUGAUUUUUCCUCUUUGAAAUGGAGAUUAUUUUAUCAAUUUGCUCCUACUUGGCCUUAUAUUAUUAAUACUUGGAUUUCAGGAAACAUCACUUCAGCUGCAAACCCACUUAAACAUUGGUCCUGGGAUAUUGGUAUGUGGGCUUUCAUUUUCCCAUUAUCUUCUAUUCCAAUUAUCUUAUGUCUAAUUCACAUGAGAUGGAUGGCUUCAAAGACAAAAGAAUGGAAGUUAUUAAAACAAGAAAAAUCUUAUAUCCAACAACAUACUUUCGUUUCUGCCAUUACAGAUUUAUUUUGGAGAUUAGAUGUCAUCGGUGUUUUAUUAAUGGGUGCUUCCCUAGGUUGUAUUUUAGUUCCAUUAACUUUGGCUGGUGGUACCAGCUCCAAAUGGAAUCAUGGUAAUAUUAUUGCUCCUUUUGCCCUGGGUUUUGUUUUAAUUCCAAUCUUUACAUUUUGGGAAUGGAAAUUUUCUAAAUCACCACUAAUUCCAUCUAAAUUAGUUAAGGAUCGUGCAGUUUGGUCUUCCAUGGCUAUCUCUUUCUUAAUUGAUUUCAUCUUUUAUAUGGCAGUUGAUUACCUGUACACGGUUUUGAUAGUUGGUGUUAAUGAGUCAGUGAAGUCUGCAACUAGAAUAUCAUCUCUAUCUUCAUUCGUUUCAACGGUCGGUUCUCCUAUCUUUGCCUUGUUAAUUACCCGUUUUACAAGAUUAAAGCCAUUUAUUGUGGCAGGUUGUGCCUUAUGGAUGCUAUCAAUGGGUUUGUUAUAUCAUUACAGAGGUGGGGCUUCCUCCCAUAAUGGUAUUAUUGCCUCUCUAUGUGUUUGGGGGGUUGGUACAACUCUUUUCACAUAUCCAAUCAAUGUUUCUGUUCAAGCUGCUGUGUCACAUGCUGAUAUGGCAACAGUUACUGCAUUAAACUAUACAAUGUAUAGAAUUGGUUCUGCCGUUGGUGCUGCUGUUUCUGGUGCAAUUUGGACUCAAACAUUAUACAAACAAUUACAUAAGCGUAUGGGAGAUGCCACCUUGGCAACUGCCGCUUAUAGUUCUCCAUAUUCCUUUAUUGUUAAUUAUACCUGGGGUACAACAGUUAGAGACCAAAUGGUGGAGGCAUAUAGAUAUGUACAACGUUUGGAAACUAUUGUAGCCUUAGUCUUUACUGUGCCAUUAUUGCUGUUUUCAUUAACCUUAAGAGAUGCUCGUUUGACCGAUAAUGUAGCUUCCGAUGAUAUUGAAGAAGGUCAGCACAUUAAUAAAACAGACAGUGACCCAAUUGCAGACUUCCUGAGUAAACCUUUCAAAGGUUUAUUUAAAAAAAAUAAAAUCGAUGAAAACUAG